GGAAGUAGGAACUUGCAGUUAAUAACCUGUGGUAAAUUAUUAAGGGAUGUUAUUAAAAGAGUAAUAUAAAUACCGCUUAAAAACCCAUAUUAAUGUUUUAUAUUGACUGUAAUUUGUAAAUAAUAUCUGAUAUGACCUUUUCUAAUAUACAGUAGUGCUAUUCCAAAUAUUUAAGAUCCGGCAUCAGUAUGAAUGUUUUGAUAAAUCGACAGAAGUACUCCCCAGCUUUUGUGGCGUCUAGUUAUUUUUGCAUUUCUGCUAGUAUUUUGACUGUGACUCUAUUUUCGGGAAACAUAUUGGGUUACACAUCGGAAUUGUGGGCAUUGAAGUACUGGGGACCAGCAUUGUAUUUAUGCCUUCUUAAUUUUACCCUUCGGUAUUCAUUAAAAGGCUUCCCAUAUGAAGUUGCUUUAAGAUCAGCAUUUCUAGGAUCAGUGUUAGCAUUUGGGUUAUAUUUGACUUCAUUGACUGCAACAUGGAGGGCAUUUGGCCUGUAUAUAAUUGCACUUUCAAUAUUUCAUUUCUCUGAAUUCUUUGCUGUUGCACUUACAAAUCCCAGAACAUUAACUAUUGAUUCAUUUAUUUUGAAUCAUAGUCUUCAGUAUUGGCUUGCUGCAAUUGCUAGUUGGAUUGAGAUGUCAGUUGAGUGUUAUUUCUUUCCUGGUCUUAAAUCAGCACAAUGGGUGACGACACUGGGUGUUGCUAUGUGUAUUAGUGGAGAAGUGUGGAGGAAAAUGGCCAUGUUUACAGCUAAAACUAACUUUAAUCAUCAUGUACAAACAGUAAAGAAAGCAGAUCAUCAACUUGUUACAGGUGGGGUGUAUGCAUUUUGCCGCCAUCCUAGCUACAUGGGUUGGUUUUACUGGUCAAUAGGUACACAGAUGAUUCUUAUAAACCCCAUAUGCUUGAUGAUCUAUACCAUAGUGUCAUGGUCUUUCUUUCAAGAGCGUAUUUAUGCAGAGGAAAUGUUCCUUGUGUCUUUCUUUGGAAACCAAUACCUUAAAUAUCAGAAGCAGGUUGGCACUGGGAUCCCAUUCAUCAAAGGCUAUAUUCCUGAUGACAGCUUGUGAUGGUUUAACUCUAGUUACAAAUUGACCAGGAGAUACUCAUGGUGAUAAACUGAUAAAAAAGAACUAAAGAAGAGUAGAAUUGUAAAUACAUAAUUACAAUAUAAAAUGGUUUUUAUGUGUAAUGUAAUAAUUAAAUAGUAAAUAAACAUAAACUUUUGACUAUCAGUUCUAAAGUAAAAGCAGUUGUAACUCAAUCAUAUUUAAAUGUCAACAAAUGUCAUAAUUUAUUGUGUUCCUAUUUAGUAACUCACUGUAAAUAUGUUACACAUUAUUGCAUUUUUAAAUAUUUUUUUAAGAUUUUCAUUAUUGUUUCAUUUCAUGCCAUAGAUAUUUUAAUUCUAGUCAGUAUUUUCUGUCGUAGUAUUUUAUAUCAGAAAAUGUAUUGCAAUAUGUAUUUAUUGUAAAAGAUUGUAACAUAAAAUGUAUUUAUUGGUUGUGAAUGAUAGAUGAUAAAUGUUUAUCUGAAUUUAA